UUCGUUGUAAAUGAGAAAUGGAAAGUUUUGGGUCACUGGACAACCGGUUGGAGAAUCAUACCAGCCCGGUGGAUUAUUUGCACCAGAGAUACGCGAGUAGUUGCGAGAACACUUUCAACUCGUGGAAUGAUUACUUGGGUCUGACCACGCUGGUGAGCAAAGCUGUCAACCAGGCGGGCAAGAGUGGGCUGCACCCGGGCGGCGAGCUAGGUCUUCAGUCUCGGGCUCCCUACCUCGCCCGAUCCCUGCAGCUGAGUCACCUGCCCCUGUGCUCUCACCACGGCGACCUGCUGGGCUCCGACCUGGAGGAGAGGUUCGCCGAGUUCAGCCCCUUCUCGACGGGUUCGAGCCCCCUCUUGGCUUACUCCGGGGCAGGCGAGGAGCAGCGGCAGCAGAGGCAGCAGCAGCGCCUGGACCGGGAGCAGGUGGGCUGGAACCGAGUGGACGUGAUCAUGAUGGACGAGAAGCAGCUCCCUCACUCUCACCACCACCACCAUUACCAGACAACUGGGCACCACCAGCGAGGCGCCAGAGCCAAGCCGGACCUGCAGAUCUGCGUGUUCUGCAGGAACAACAACGAGUCUGUUACCCUCUACACCACCCACAUCCUGAAAAGUCCCGAUGGAAGAGUGCUCUGCCCCAUCCUGAGGAGGUACACUUGCCCCCUGUGCGGUGCCAACGGGGACAACGCGCACACCAUCAAAUAUUGCCCCCUCUCCAAGCUGCAGCCGGCCAUCCCGAAACUGAAGACCAGAAACUGCGUUAGCAAGAGGGUCCGUUAAUAAGGACAGCAUUUCCAGUAUCUGCAGAUUUUUGCUCUUCAAUUAGAGGAUAUGGAGACUGGCUGCAAAAGUGGACAUGAUACAGGACCAGAGUC